AUGUUUGUUACUAGGUUGGAUAACCGUAAGCUCCUACUUCUAUGUACGGCAGUUUUGGUGACCCUUUUAACAAGCGGAUCAUAUUUUGCACUUAAAAAUAGUUUCUCGAUUGCUGAUGCGCAAGAACAUUAUCCCCCUGGCAAAACCCAUGAUCCUGGAAAAGAUGGCGGAAUCGUUGGUUCAUCAAAAGGAGGUUCUACUUUAGGAGAUACUCAAACAUCACCUCCAGAUCAGACUCUAAAAUUGCAGAUUUCUAAAAUAUCAGACUUUGACACAGAUAACAAAAUUGUAUUGUUUCCCAAAAAGUUCCCCCUUACAGAUGAUCAAUUAAAAGACUUCUAUUCUAACCGUCUUGCAGGGUCUAAGCUUUCAGAGACUGUUCAAAUUGCCCGAUUCAAUAACAAUAGGAGGGAAGACGAUACUACUAAAUCGAAUGCGGUUGAUUAUAUUUCCAUGAAACCUGAGUCAUACCAUGGACACAAGAUCACGGUGUUUGACAGCAGAGCCGAUAUCAAUGGCGACACUGCUAAGUGUGAUGAAAUUAAGAGGGAGUUAUCUGUUGAUAUUACUGACCUGAAGUUGCUAAAAACAGAUCUUGAGUCGAUUCUUCGGACUUUCCAAGAUGGUAAGUCCCCCUACUACAAGGAAAUGGAACCCUACUUUAAAGCAGAGCUUGAAAAGCAGCUCCAAGAACAUACGAUAAACAAAUAUUGGUAUAGGCUAGCAGGAACAUCGGUAUGGUUGUCGGAGUAUGGGGUUCAUAUGAUGAUCUCGAGAGUUAUAUAUAGCCCAAAAGGUUCCCGAAAUCAACCAAGAAUAAGUUUGACCUACUGCCAGGUUUUCAAUGAGAAAUGGCAAGAAUUGAAAGAUGUGGAAUUGGUGGUUCCUUCCAAUGAUCCAGAGAACAUCUUUUCGCAAGUGGAUUUGGAUGGAACAUUCUUCACCAAGGUAAAGUAUCCGGGGUUUUUGGCUGUUCCAACUUACCAGAAUCCUGACAUGACAGACCACCGAUUUUAUGGUCCGGAGGAUCCCAGGCUCAUGGUGAUUCAAAAUGAGCAUGGAUACGAAGAGCCUUUGAUGGUGUACAAUUCGUAUCAUCGGAAGAUAAUCGAACAACAGUUUGACGGCGAGACCAAAGUUGUGGCUAAACUUGGAUACUACCGGUCCAUGUUCUUGUGUUUCCCCUGGCAGUUUCAAAGAGGUAAAAGAACCAUUGAAGAAUUGCCUGAUAUUAAGCUGGACGGGAGAAUUUACAACAGAGCUAUUGAGUUAAGGCGGAAAGGCAUGGAAAGAUUGGAGGUGCAAAAGAAUUGGACUCCAUUCAUAGACUUCGGGGAAAGACAGGCGUUCCGUCAUGAUAAGCACAUCUACUUCGUUUACCGGUGGUCCAACUUGGAGGUACUUCGAUGUGAGAUAACGGGCGCAGUUGGAACAACCUCAAAGUGUGAGUUUGUGUACCGGAUGGACGAUGGCUUGGAUGCUGAAACUCCAGUAGGACCUGUGAGAGGUGGAACAGAGAUGAUUAACAUUAACUCCUUCAGUUCUGAGUACGACUUGGGUGAUAUACUUAGUUUUCCUGAGGACUCUGAGGUGUGGAUUGGGUUUGCAAGGGCUCAUCUCCAGGAUUGUGGAUGUGGGGAGCAUCUCUAUAGGCCCAAUUUUGUGGUUCUUAUGAAAGACUCAAAGUCUGGAUUUUACAAAAUUAACACAAUUAGUUCUUUUGUAUCAUUAGAUGUCCCUUCCAUUGGGUGGAAUCUCGACAAACCUGACGAGUUGUGUGUUGAAGGUCGAGCAAACGUGUUUAUACCUAAUGGUAUAAGCUCGUUAUCUGUCAAGCAAUCUAAAGAUGGAUCAUUUGAAGAUUAUUUGACAUUAUCCUUCUCAUUGUCAGAUGCAACAGUGAAUGUCAUCCACAUAAGAAACAUACUUAAAUCGGUACUCGGUUCCUUGGUGAAUAACAACCAUGGUUAUUCCAAUGACAAUGUGGACUGCGCAAUAAUAGGAUCCAAUCAAUUUUGUCACGAUUUAGGUGAAAGCGUAAAAGUUACAAAGGCACAGAACCUGAUUAAGAAUGAUCAUUAGCCCUCAAUUAUCAGUCCACUACAACUGAAUGGCUAGCAAAAUUAACCUGUAGGGUGAAAAAAUAGUUAACCACAUCAAGAAAAUAGACUAAGUAGUAAGCAAAAUAUAAUGUUCGAAGGAACGCGC